CCCUACUCUACCACACCAACCCACUACUCUCUACCAACCACCCAACAUGGAAGCCUUCAUGCCCGCCCCCUCCCCUCCCACCGAGCUGGGCCGAUACCGCAUCCUCUCCUCGACCGCCGGGAUCCGCGUCUCCCCGCUCCAACUCGGCGCCAUGUCCAUCGGCUCCGCCUGGUCCUCCGCCAUGGGUAGCAUGGACAAAGAGUCGUCCUUCGCGCUCCUCGACGCCUUCGUCGCCGCGGGGGGCAACUUCAUCGACACCGCGAACAACUACCAAAACGAAGAAUCGGAGUCCUGGAUCGGCGAGUGGGCCGAAGCCCGCGGGAUCCGGGACCAGCUUGUGCUCGCGACGAAGUACACGGGCGAAUACAAGGGCUACGAGCUGGGGAAGGGGAAGACGAUCAACCACGCGGGCAACCAUAAGAAGAGCUUGCAUAUGAGUGUGCGGGAUUCGUUGACCAAGCUGCGCUCGGAGUAUAUCGACCUGCUGUAUGUGCAUUGGUGGGAUUAUACGACGUCGAUCGAGGAGGUGAUGGACUCGUUGGACGUCCUGGUCAAGCAGGGCAAGGUGCUGUAUUUGGGGAUUUGCAACACGCCGGCGUGGCUGGUUAGUGCGGCGAAUACGUAUGCGAAGAUGGCGGGGAAGACGCAGUUCAGUGUGUAUCAGGGACGGUGGAAUGUGCUGCAGAGGGAUUUCGAGAGGGAGAUUAUUCCGAUGGCGAGGACGUUUGGGAUGGCGAUUGCGCCGUGGGAUGCGGUUGGGGGCGGGAAGUUCCAGACGCAGAAGGCGCUGGAGGAGAGGAAGGCGAGCGGGGAGGGACUGAGGAAGCUGAUGGGGUCGGAGCAGGGAGAGGACGAGGUCAGGAUGAGUGAGGCACUGGCGAAGGUGGCGAGCGAGCAUGGCAUUGAGUCGGUGACGGCGAUUGCGCUGGCGUAUGUGAUGAGCAAGACGACGAAUGUGUUUCCGCUGGUGGGAGGGCGCAAGAUCGAGCAUCUGAGGGAUAAUAUUCAGGCGUUGAGCAUUCGCUUGACGGACGAGCAGAUCGCGUAUCUCGAGAGCGUGAGGCCGUUGGAUGUCGGAUUCCCGCAGAAUAUGCUGGGCGAGGAGCCUGGCGUGUCGGGCAAGAUGGGCAUGGCGUUGGCGCCGUCGGGGCAGAUGUCGUUUGUGAAGUAUCCCAGGGCUAUUGGCUAUUAG